CUAAAAACGGUAGUCAAUUACAUUUUAUGUCGUAUACUUAUGCAUAGAUGGCGCUAUGCAUAUUUAUCGUUACAUUUUCUACUUUUUAAAUUAAAAAUAUUAUACAUAAACAAAUUAUGUGUCCAAAUUGUGGGAAUAGUAUAAGUCAUAAUAAACCAAAUUAUAUGUUUUUAUUAAAAAUAUUUUUUUAUGAUGCAUUGGCUAACCUACAAUUUUUGAAACGGUCUGUCAAACGUAAACCCGGCUGUUAGCAUCCAAUAGACAAUAACAUUAAAAAUCCAUACAAUGGCGAACACAAACACUGACCUAACUGAAGAAGAUGCGGCAGAUCUGCAGUUCCCCAAAGACAAACAAUCCGUCACAACCCUACCGUAUUUCUCUAAUAUAGAUUUGGUCGAGUGCGAGUCCAUGAAUGAUGUUUGUGUUAAUUGUGACAAUGAUCUCGGUGCGCGUUUCAUUUUAUGCGUUCCGUGUAAAGUUAAACUGUGCUGUGUGUGUUUCUCCAACGGCGUGGAGUUUCUGGCGCACAGAAACGACCACGACUAUCAGAUAUUCCACAUGAACUUUAAUCUGUUUGAUAACACUGACUGGACUGCUGAAGAAGAACUGAAAUUGCUUGAUUCAUUGAACUCUUUUGGUAACUGGAACCUUGUGGCAAAGGAGUUCCCUAACCGAACACUUGAUGAAGUAGUACAACACUAUGAGUACUUUUAUUUGGAUGGACACAGUUGUAAGGAUAUGCCUAGGUUUAGGGAGUCUGAAGCAGCUGUUUUUCCACAAAUUAUAGUGCCUUACAAAUACAAAUUGCAUGACUGUGAUGACCCACCACGUUAUGCAUGUAAUUCACUGUAUUAUCAAAAUUUGGCUGGUUACAAUGCUGCGAGGUCCGAGUUUGAGAAUGAAUACGACGCAAAUGCCGAAGAUUUAUUGGCUAAUCUAGAACUUUUGGAUGAGUCAGAUCCUUUUUAUGAUCUAUCAAACACAUUGCAGAUAAUGUUGAUUGAAAGAUAUAAUAGAAGACUAAAAGAAAGGCAAAGAUGGAAAAAAGUAAUUAGGGAUCAUGGUUUAAUAUCAUUAAGGAAAACUCUAUCUUGGCUUCGAAGAUAUGAUUUGACAAUUACUAAGCCAGUAUAUGAGAAAAUGAUGAGGUUUAUGCAGCUAUGUGAUCCAAUGAGUUUUGAUGCUUUAAUGGAGAGUUUACACAGAGCUGGAGAGUUAAAAAUUCAAAUAUCAAGAUUGAUCAGCUUAAGAAGACAAGGCAUCACAACGUUGGCGGAAGGUAAACUUUAUUUGCGGCUGUACAAAAUUCACGAGGACAACAAAAAGUCAUUAAAGGCCUUCCGGUCAAAUUCGCAGUUCAAUUGGCGUACAAUCAAGAAUAAUUUUUUGCCAGUUUUUCCAAAAUUUCCGAAGAGGAGACAAGGUUUUUCUCCUUUGGACGUAGCUGGGUUGCCUGGGUAUGAAAAACUAACUGACAAGGAAAGGGACCUGUGCAGUAACGUCAGACUUAUACCUGAAACUUAUUUGGAUUUGAAGAAGUUGCUGAUCAUGGAAAAUAACAAGAUGGGACAUGUUAAAUUGCAAACUGCUAGGAAGUUGUUGAAAAUUGAUGUAAAUAAAACUAGAAGAUUGUAUGAUUUUUUGGUUGAAGAAGGAUUUAUAGCUAAAUCCAACUCUUGAAUCUCAAAUCAGUUUUCCAAAUUAUUCUGUUGUGUUAAAAAUUAUAAGUUUUAUUUAUAUGUAUUAUUUGUUAAUACUGUAACAUAUUUUAGACUGAUGUUUUGUAACUUUAAAUAUUAAAUAUUUUUUUUAUUA